AUGCCUCCGACAGCAGACUGUCCCCCGACAUCGCAGCCGGUUCAUUCAGAUGCCGACUUUGAUCACCCAACACACCCCUUUGCCUAUGUGAUCAACAUCCCUUUGAUCGAAAUGACCCCGGAGAACGGAUCUACAGAGAUCUGGCUCGGAACACACAUCGACUCGGGCCUACAUAUCCAGGAAGGAAUGCACGGUGACCGAGCAAGCGGACGCAUCAAGCUCGACGAGCUAGAAAAGCGCCGAGCGGUCCGGCCCCCGUGUCAACCGGUCGUCCCAAAGGGCGCCAUAGUACUUCGGGAUCUUCGACUCUGGCAUGCUGGGGUCGGUAAUCAGACUGAUCAAGUCCGCGUGAUGCUGGCAAUGAUCAACGGCCUUGAAGGUGAACAUUUCCAAACGUUGACGAAGCAUGCAACAAAGCACUCCAACGGAGCUAAUGGUCAGCAUGGAGAUUGCUGUUAG